AUGUCAACCAUUCUCGUCAAGAACCAUGUCGCCAAAUUCCAACACGAGGGCUCGACAAGUUCAUUAGAUACAGCUGCCCCCUUGGGUGCGCCGCUAGAGGAGAGACGCUUCUUCUUUCAACGCAGGACGGCAUACAACCCCGAUGCGAUAGCCACACAGCCAAGCGUUUUUGACGACCCAGAGACAGCGUUAAAGUACAGACCCCGAGAUGACUGGGAGAAUCUGCACCGAUUCGACCCCUCAGCCCGAUGGAGUUGGGCAGAAGAGUAUAAAUUGGUCCGAAAGAUUGACUUGCAUAUCAUGGUAUGGGCUUGUAUCAUGUUCAUGGCCCUGGAAUUGGACCGGACAAACUUACAACAGGCUUUGACGGACAAUUUUCUCAAUGAUUUAAAGCUUAAAACCAAUGGCAACUCAUAUCCGACAGAUUACAACCUGGGAAACACUGUUUUCAAGCUUGCCUUUCUAUGUGCAGAACUCCCAUCACAGCUAGUUUCAAAGUGGAUAGGCCCUGAUCGAUGGAUUCCCGCUCAACUCAUACUCUGGAGUAUCGUCGCGAGUUGUCAAUUCUGGUUAAAAGGCCGCGACUCAUUCUUGGCUUGCCGUGCCUUGAUUGGUAUACUUCAGGGGGGUUUCAUUCCCGAUGUUAUUCUCUAUCUUUCUUACUUUUACAAGCACCAUGAGCUCAAUCUACGGCUUGGAUUCUUUUGGACCAUGAUGAGUGUUGCCGAUAUCUUGUCUGGGUUCCUCGCCUAUGGAUUCCUCCACACCAGAGGUCUACACGGCCAAUCGGGAUGGAGGUGGCUUUUCCUCUUCGAGGGUAUCCUGACAUUGGUGGUUGGCGUCCUGUCUUUUGGUUUGAUGCCUGCCGGGCCAUGCCAGACAGUGAGUUGGUUUAGGGGAAAGCACGGAUGGUUCAGUGAACGCGAAGAAACCAUCAUUGUGAAUCGCAUUAUUCGUGAAGAUCCGAGCAAGGGUUCCAUGCAUAAUAGACAACCCAUUACACCUCGCUUGCUUUGGAAGAGUCUCAAGGACUUUGAUCUAUGGCGAGUGAUGCAGAGUCACAGGCCCCUCUACAUCAUUGGACUAUUGUUCCAGAUCCCUGCGACACCCGAGGCGCAGUACCUUACAUUAUCUCUCAAGAACAUGGGCUUUGACACGUUCCAGUCCAACUUGCUAGCAAUCCCCUGGACAGUUGGUCAUAUCAUAACCAUGCUUUCCUUGACCUAUGCAGCCGAAGUCUUUGGGGAGCUCACGUUAACCUCAAUGCUCGGUCAAAUUUGGCUCUUGCCGUUUCUCAUUUACCUCAAUGUGGCAGACACGGCCAAAACCAGUCGCUGGAUCAUUUGGACGGUGACCACUCUUUUGCUAUCUUAUCCCAAUGCUCAUGCCAUACAAGUCGGAUGGAACUCAAGAAACUCAAAUACCGUCCGUUCCCGAACUGUCUCAGCUGCCUGCUACAACAUGUUUGUACAGGCUGGGGGCAUUAUUUCAUCCAAUGUGUAUCGAUCUGAUGAUGCACCUCUUUACCGCCGAGGCAACCGUGCGCUGAUUGGCAUUCUCGCUGGCAACAUUGCCGUCUACCUAGCAACAAAAGCAUAUUAUGUGUGGCGCAAUAAAUCUCGAGACUCUCAGUGGAAUGCCAUGUCCGAUGAGGACAAGUUGCAUUAUCUCGAAACCACGACUGACGAAGGCAACAAGCGACUGGACUUCCGAUUUCAGCAUUAA